UUGAUUUUAAUUUCCAAGCAACAGUACCGCAAACUGCACACGUCGUAUGAUAACAAGAAUAAUAACGAUGAUGAAGCAUCUAAAAAACACACAGCCUUCCGAUAUCAGGAAACCAACUAAACAAAACUACAAAUCCCACAAUGCAACUAUCGAACACAAACCAACUCGAAAGAUGGCGGCAGACAGCGAUCCCGAGUCGGAAGUGUUUGAAAUCACUGACUUUACAACAUCAUCUGAAUGGGAAAGGUUGCUGGAAACCAUCUCCAAAAACAAAGAUUUAUCUCAAAAGUUGAAGAAGUAUUGAAUGAGUGGAAGCUAAUAGGAAGUACAUCAAGCAAACCGGUUGAAAAGGGUAUUUAUAAUUCUGGAGAAUGGGAGGAAAAAUCAACUGAAAUUUCAUUCGCAGACUUCAAAUUUAGUAUUAGCCAUCAUUUCCUCAAACAGGAAUCCUGUGAUAGAGAAAGGAGUGAAGAAUGUGAAGAAGAUGCACUUCCAUUAGCCAUGCAGGAUUUACUCUGUAUGAACAAUGAUUUCCCACCCAGGGCUCACUGCCUGGUUAGAUGGUAUGGACUGCGAGAAUUUGUGGUAAUUGCCCCAGGAGCAAACAGUGAUGCAGUGAUCAGUGAAUCAAAGUGCAACCUGCUUCUCAGUUCCAUUUCUAUUGCACUGGGGAAUACAGGCUGUCAGGUGCCUUUGUUUGUGCAAAUUCAGCAGAAAUGGCGUCGAAUGUAUGUUGGGGAAUGCCAAGGCCCUGGUGUUAGAACAGACUUUGAAAUGGUCCAUCUUCGUAAAGUACCCAAUCAGUACAACCACCUUUCAGGUCUUUUAGAUAUCUUCAAGUCAAAGAUUGGGUGUCCACUAACUCCUUUGCCUCUUGUGAGCAUAUCUAUUCGGUUCACUUAUGUUCUUCAAGAUUGGCAGCAGUAUUCUUGGCCUCAGCAACCACCAGACAUAGAUGCCUUAGUCGGUGGUGAAGUAGGAGGACUUGAAUUUGGAAAGUUACCUUUUGGAGCAUGUGAAGAUCCUAUAAGUGAACUCCAUUUGUCGGCAACAUGGCCUCAUCUUGCCGAAGGCAUCAUCGUUGACAAUGAUGUUUAUUCUGAUCUGGAUCCUCUUCAGGCACCUCUUUGGUCUGUCAGAGUAAGAAAGGCUGAUAAUCCACAGUGUUUAUUGGGUGAUUUCCUUUCUGAAUUUUUCAAGCUGUCUUGUCGGAAAGAGUCAACUGAUGAGCUUCUUGGAAAGUCAACAUUUGAAGAAGAGGGGAAGGAUACUGACAUUAGUCAAGCAUUAUCGAAGCUCACUGAGCCAGCAUCUGUCCCCAUCCAUAAAUUGUCUGUUACUAGCAUGGUCCAUAGUGCUAAGAAAAGGAUUCACAAGCGUCGACGAGUUGAGGAGUCACCUCUGAGUAAUGAUGUCCUUAAUUCUAUACUUAUAACAUUAUUCCCAGAUGCUGCUGAAAAAGCCACAGAUGUGUUGGAAGCAAAAUGUAGCACCUUGACAGGAAGUAGCAGUUCCACAACGCUGAGUGAAGACUAUACACUUUUCAACCAGUUUAAAUCUGCUCCUUCUGACAGUUUGACAUAUAAACUGGCAAUGUGCUUAUGCAUGGUGAAUUUCUAUCAUGGAGGUGUGAAAGGAGUAGCACAUUUGUGGCAGGAAUUUGUGUUAGAGAUGCGGUACCGAUGGGAGAACAACUUUCUUAUACCAGGACUAGAGAGCGGCUCUCCCAAUUUAAAGUGUUGUUUGCUGCAUCAGAAACUUCAGAUGCUGAAUUGCUGUAUUGAGAGAAAGAAAGCAAGGGAUGAAGGAAGAAAACUGCAAACAUCAGGAAGCUUUUCCAGUAUGGGAGUGGACCAGAAGUCAUCGAGUAGUGAUGCUGGGAAAAAAGCUCAGGUCCAGUCUUUAGCAGAUGGUCACAAAGAAACUGAUAAAGAUAAGAGAGAGAUAGGCAAAUCAUGGGAGUCUUGGAGUGACAGUGAAGAUGAGUUUUUUGAGUGCUUAAGUGACACUGAAGACCUUAAAGAAUCUGCUGAAGAGAGUACUGUAAAGGAAGGCGUGCCAAAAGAAACACAGAAGGUGAAAGCAGAAGGACGUCUACAUCAGCAUAGCAAGCUAAUGCUGCUGCACGCAGAAGCACCCUUGUACAUUCCUGUAACCCAGGAGCCUGCUCCUAUGACAGAGGAUAUGCUAGAAGAACAGUCUGAGGUGCUUGCUAAAUUGGGAACGUCAGCUGAAGGGGCACAUCUGCGGGCUCGAAUGCAGAGUGCUUGCCUCCUUUCAGACAUGGAAUCUUUUAAGGCAGCUAACCCUGGUUGUUCACUGGAGGACUUCGUCAGGUGGUACUCUCCUAGAGAUUAUGUUGAAGAGGAGGUGGUUGAUGAGACAGGCAACACUGUAAUUAAAGGAGAUCUGAGUCCUCGGAUGAAGAUUCCUGGUAAUAUGUGGGUUGAGGCCUGGGAAAAUGCAAAGGCAGUUCCUGCUCGGCGACAAAGAAGAUUGUUUGAUGACACAAGGGAAGCAGAAAAGGUACUUCACUAUCUGGCGAUUCAAAAACCAGCAGACCUCACAAGGCACCUUUUACCUUGUGUAAUUCAUGCUGCUGUACUCAAGCUUAAAGAAGAAGAAACCAUAGAAGACAUUCCAUCUGUAAGAAAGACAAUUCAGCAGAUUAUUUCUCAUUCCAGUAAAGUGCUUCGAUAUCAGAACCCAGAACAAAAGAAAGUAGAAGAAAUAAUCAGCCAGCUAAUGAGUGUGGAAGCAACUAUUGCUAGAGCAAGAUCACUGAAAGCCAACUUUGCAAUUGAUACUUGUGAGCAGAAGGAUGAAAAAGAAGAAUUAGAAAGGUUUGUGAGCUGUCUUCUGGAGCAACCCGAAGUGUCAGUCAUUGGAGCAGGAAGGGGUCCAGCGGGUAGAAUAAUUCACAAGCUGUUCGUGAACUCUCAGAAGCUGUCUGAAUCUACUGAAGAGGCAGCAACGACUUCACUGGAAGAUGAAACCGGAAAGGCAAGUGCUUCAGAUGAUCAUCGAGUGAAUGCAGGAAUGGUUUCAGACUUUCCGCCACCUGCAGGCCGUGAAAUCCUUCUUAGAACAACUGUUCCUCGCCCUGCACCGUAUUCAAAAGCAUUGCCACAACGUAUGUACUGUGUGCUCUUGAAGGAUGAGUUUAGAUUGGCUGGAGCAUUUUCCUCUGAUACCUCAUUCUUCUAAGGUUUUACAUAGAGAUUCUGAAACUGGUUUAAAGAGCAUCUUUGGUUCGAGUAUAUGGUAACAGUUUAAUGCUUUGGUAAAAUUAAUGUCAUGUUAAUGAAGAAUUUUCAUUGUGCAGAAUUAAAAAAAAAAUCACAAAUGUAGUUCAAAUCUAAGGGGUGAUUAUAUGUGUAAACUAAAGAAAACCCUGCACAAUCUAGUCCAGGCAUUUUUAAUCAAGAUAUUUAUGAAACACAAAAUAUUUUCAUUAUGUUUACAAAAUCAAUAUAUAUAUGCAGUACAAAGUAGAAUGUAAGUUAAGGCUUUUAAUGUGCUGUAUUUUUAAUGUCUUUGUGGUCAGUAUAACUGACUGGAGAUAAUCAUACGUAGAACGAUUCAGUGAAGCUUCUGUAAAUAUUGCUAAAGAAAAAUACUGUAUUUACUUUAUAAAUAUAUAAUCAUAUAUAAAAUGUUAUCUGCUUCAAAUUAGCAUAUGUCCUGUGGUCAGUACAUAUUCUUAAGUGGUAAAACUGUUGUAAUGGUUAACUUGUUUAGUGUGAAUUGUACGAUAUAAAAGAGAUUUUACAUCAUCUAAUUCCAGAUGUGCAUAUUUAUAAAAUAGAAGCAACAUGGGUACUCUUUUUCAUUAAACAUUUUUUUUUUAGUCUGACAGAUUCAACAGUUCGAGUACAGACUGAGGAAAUAAAAAUAUGUAUCCAUGUUUAUUUUACCAUUUUGAGUAUGAAAGUACAUUGGCAUAUUAGUACUUGUUACCCUUGGUGAGCAUAGUAUAACAAACUUGCAAUGGAUUACAUUGUGCGAAUUGCAGCUUAUAUUAUGGCAUUCAAACUGUUCAUCUUUUUCCACUAGUAUGUGUGUUAUUCUGUCAACUAAUAACAGAAGUAGGAAUUUCCAAAGUGUGAUAUAUUAAACUAAAGUGUCAAAAUGACUGGGCCCACCUAUUCAAGAAAUUUACUCAUUUAAAUAUGAAUAAAGAAAAACUUGAAAACAA